GUAUAGUCAUGGUGAGAGAACACUUUCUCACCGCAAUGCGUCAUUGCGGUAGGAUGUAGGUAUAAACGGAAUGGUGUAGUUGCAAGUCAUGUAGACGCCCAAAAACCACUUCCGAAUAAUUACACAUAAAUAUUGCUUGGAAGCGUUGGUUCGGGAGUUCGGAAAAGUUGUAGUUAUUGGUGUAUGAACUGGUCAUACAAAUUUGAUGAAUUAGAGUUGUAUUGCAGAAGGCAAUAAAUUUCGAAAACGCAGUUCUAGGAUUGACGGUUGUCCGCAAUCUUAACGAGAUCAAUUUAAUUCUUCCGUAUCGCGAAGAACCAACGCUUGGAACGUAAAAUCGUGCACAACACUGUAAAUAUCUUAUUGAAGUGUUAAAAUUUUAUAUUCAAAAUACAGUCCCAUCGUUAGUGUGAAGUUUUAGAACAGUGAACCAGCAAUUCGCGCAGAUUGUGCGAAAACCAUAAAUAUGAAUUUGGAUUCAAUAAGAAUAAAGGAUUCGGGUAAAAGUUUCCCUUGGAUUAAGCGAAAUGGCGAGAAUCUUAAAGUCUCUGCGCUACAGCUCUUGCAAUAUUCAAAUGUUGCUUCACGGAAAUUUCUUAAUUUCGUGACGAUUCUUGGACCAGCUAGACAGGGAAAGUCCUUUCUAAUGAAUUGCAUAAUUGGUAACAGCGUUUUUGAUACAGCUGAUGCAAUAGAUGUGUGCACAAAGGGUGUUCAAGUUGCAGGCAUUAUGAAGGAAGUUGAAAAUGGUGGUGGAGCUUUUUUUGUGGACACAGAAGGACAAGGAGACGAAGACAUAGACAGUGAUACGACACUUUUGACUCCGAUUAUCUUGCUCUCUAAAGUUAUACUAUUCAACUGGAAAGGUGGCUUGCAGAAGAAUCAAAUCUUAAACGAACUUGCAAUUCUAGUGGAAGUUGGAAAUAGCGUGUCGUCAAUGAAUUUUAAAGAGGACACUGUGAAAUUUGGACAUUUGCAUAUCGUUUUACGUGAUUUUCAUUAUGACGGCACAAAGGAUGAAGCAUUCGCUAUAAUUUUUGAUGAAGAAAACAAACGUGGCGAAAAAGUAAAAGAACGAAACCAACUGCGUAAGAAAUUGCUGUCUUCCUUUGAAAGCAUCAACGUCUGUUUUUUCCCAGCGCCAAGCGAAGACCUACGCGAGCUUCACAUCGAUUCCACAUCACCAGAAUUCAAAGAAGCUCUGAAUGAACUCAAUGGUGUGAUAAAGGAUGAUGUAAGUGAACCACGACGCUUUGGCACUGUUGUUGUCAAUGCAGAAAACGCAGAAUUUCUGCUUGAGAAAUUUGUUAAAGAAAUGAAGGACGGAGAUAUUGUUCAUGUAAAAUCCGUGAUUACUCAACUUCAACGGGGAGUAGUUGACGAGGCAAAACGGCAUUUUGAGGAAAGUCUUAUCAAAGCGUUUAAAAAUAUCCACGUUCCAGUAAAAAGUGGAAUCGAGGAAACACUAUCUCAAAAAAGGAAUUCACUUCUUGACGAAUUCAGAAAAAGUACUGAUAAAGUUGACCUCGAGCAAAUGUAUAAAGAUGACGUACUUGAGAAUUUAGAAAAUUUUGCUGAUCGAGAGCUCGAUUCAAAGAGAAAAGAAAACCAGCUUGCUAUUCUAUCCAGAGAAGCCAAAGAAAGAGAAAUUCUUAUAAAAGCAGGAGAUGAUUUCAGAUCAGCACUGGAAAAUGAGUUAAGAAAAGGAUACAAAACGAGCCAAGAGAUGUCACAGUAUUUUAAGACUACUAUGACCGAUACAUUGAUCAGCGAUUAUACAAAAAAAACAAGCAAUUUAGUUUGGAUACUAGAGACUAUUGUCGACGAGGAUCUGAAAAAGCUGAAAGAAAUGCUUUCUAAUAGAAUCAAUGAAACAAUCAAAGCAAAAGAACAAAUGCAUAAAUUGGAAGCGGAGAGACAAGCUGCUAUACAUGCUACUAGAAGCUACAUGGAUACACAAGCAUUUCCUCGAGAAACAUAUCCCAUGAGCCCUAGUAUUAUGAGCCCUAGUAUCAUGAGCCCUAGUACACCACCAUCUAAUGUUGGCUUAAAGUUCUAUAAAGGAGGUCAGUUUACCCCUGGCGGAGGUCGGGCUCCUCCAGGAGGCUGCUAUAUGACUCCCAGUCCAAGCACCAGUUCUAGAUCGUCAAACUCAAGUGGAGAGAAGUUCUAUAAAGGAGGUCAGUUUACGCCUGGCGGAGGUCGGGCUCCUCCAGGAGGCUGCUAUAUGACUCCCAGUCCAAGCACCAGUUCUAGAUCGUCAAGCUCAAGUGGAGGGACGUUCUAUAAAGGAGGUCAGUUUACCCCUGGCGGAGGUCGGGCUCCUAAAGGCGGCUGUUGGAAAUAACUCACGAUUGCUCUGCAAGGAAUUCCCGUUCAUCGAGACCGUUCAUUUUUUUGUUUCUCUUUUCUUUCACAAAUUGUUUUCUGUUUCCCUAAGUUUGUAAUCGAUUAAUUAAUCUUUGUUGGUUUUAUUGACAUUUAAUAAACAUUGUUAACAAUUCUUAAUGUAUACAUAGGUAAAGAAAUAAAAAGAACUGUAAUACUUAUAUAUGGCUAGCAUCACAUAAAGAAAGAAACAAAUUGA